AUGCUCCGCCGUCAUAUUUCUUCACCUGUUGCCAAGGUAGCGGCUGGUACAUUCUCUCUUGCUGUUGGUUGGCGUAAUCUACAUUAUACCCCACGAAACCGCGAUGUCCAGUUUCUCAUGGAGGAUGUCUUUGACAUGUACUCUCAUUACGAGAAACUAGGACGUUCUGAUGUGAACAAGGAACUCUUUGAGGCUCUUCUGGAUGAGGCUUCCAAGUUAUCCACGCAAACACUCUUCCCAUUAUACACCUCUGGAGAUGAUGAGGGAUGUCAUUUAAAGCCUGAUGGGAAUGUAACGACCCCAAAGGGAUUUAAAGAGGCAUAUAAGGCAUUUAAAGAAGGUGGAUGGGUUGGUAUUUCACAUCCUGAGGAGUACGGUGGUCAGGGAUUGCCAGAGUCCGUUGGCUUCACACUGCGAGAGAUCAUGGCCACAGCGAAUUGGCCGCUCUCUAUGUAUCCUGGUCUCAGUAUGGGUGCGGCCAACACCCUGUUAGCUUGGGGAAGCGAUGAGCAGAAGAAAACGUAUUUAACUAAACUUGUGAGUGGGGAGUGGACGGGAACCAUGUGCCUGACGGAACCACAAUGCGGAACAGACUUGGCGCAAGUAAAGACAAGGGCAGAACCCUGUGGAGAUGGUACAUAUAAACUGAAAGGGACAAAGAUAUUUAUUUCUGCUGGAGAUCAUGAUAUGGCACCAAAUGUCAUUCACGUUGUGUUGGCACGACUUCCGGAUUCCGAACCGACAACAAGAGGCAUUACACUUUUUUUGGUCCCACGAAAUUUAGUGAAAUCGGAUGGAUCACUAGAGGCAACGAAGAAUGUCAAAUGUGUGGGUUUGGAAUCCAAGAUGGGUAUUAAAGGAAGUGCGACAUGUCAAUUAAGUUUUGAGGAUUCUAUUGGAUAUCUUAUUGGUGAACCCAAUAAAGGUUUAAAAGAGAUGUUUACAUUUAUGAACGCGGCUCGUAUGGGAACGGCAUUACAAGGGGUUUGUCAUUCCGAACUGGCCUUUCAAAAUGCACUUGGGUAUGCGCGUGAACGGGGUUCUCAACGGGCUCUCAGUGGAACCAAGUACCCAGAGAGACCAAAUGAUCCACUUAUUUGUCAUCCAAAUGUUCGUCAAAAUCUUUUAUUUGCCAAAUGUGUGGCUGAAGGCGGUCGGGCUUUAAUGAUGGAUUUGGGUCGAAUGUUGGAUUUAAAAUCCGCUGCGAAGGAUCCCACAACGCGAGAUAAUCUGGAUCACGAGAUUGGCUUCUACACCCCUAUUGCGAAGGCCUGUUUAACAGAGUGGGGUGUGGAGGCAAGUUCACGAUGUCUGCAAGUGUGGGGUGGACACGGAUAUAUAAAAGGAAAUGGAAUGGAGCAAAUUCUGCGAGAUUCACGUAUUGCCACUUUAUAUGAAGGCACUACUGGUAUUCAAGCACUUGACUUUAUUGGACGAAAGGUGUUGAGAUCAAAGAUUGAUGAGGUAUCACGUUUUGGGGCUAAUGUAAAUGCUGUUGUGCGUCCACAUUUGUUUUCUCGAGGAACUGUUGGAAACUGUGCAAGAAGACUAUGGAUAUUGCAGAAACAAUGGCGUGUGGGUAUAAUGAAAGUAAAGAUGUCUGCUGUUGGCGAUAUGGAUGCUGUUGGUGCCGCCUCUGUAGAUCUUCUCAUGUACACUGGAUAUGUGGUGUUGGGAUACUAUUGGCUACGUAUGGCUAUAGCCGCACAGAGGUGUAUUGAUGCUGGGAAAGAUACCAAUGGGUUCUAUCAGUGUAAAGUGGAUAUGUGCAAUUAUGUAUUUACGGAGAUUAUGCCGCGUACAGAGACACACUUCCAAGUUAUGCAGAAUGGAUCCAAAAUUAUGAAGAGCAAUGAGUCCAAUUGGGACAUUUCUUAA